GCAUACUAAUUUGUACGGACAAAAACUCUGGCAUAAACCCUAACGAGAAGGAGCUGACUUAACUCUGCUUACCGAACCUGAGUAACCUCAAAUCUAAAAUGGGGAAGAGAGAAAAACAACCAUCGCAAUCAUCCUCCGACGAGCUUCUCAAAGCCCUAGGAGACUUCACCAGCAAGGAAAAUUGGGAUAAGUUUUUCACAAUUCGGGGCAGCGAUGACUCUUUCGAGUGGUAUGCUGAGUGGACUGAGCUCCGUCAGCCACUCCUCUCCCUCCUUGAUGGAGCUCCGCCCACUGGAGACCACGAUAAUACUCUUCAUCCUAAUUUUUGGGUGCAGAUUCUCGUGCCUGGUUGCGGCAAUUCGCGCUUAUCGGAGCAUUUGUAUGAUGCGGGGUUUAAGGAUAUUACAAAUAUUGAUUUCUCGAAAGUUGUGAUUUCCGAUAUGCUGAGGAGGAAUGUGAGAGGACGGCCUGGCAUGCGGUGGCGCGUCAUGGACAUGACCAGCAUGCAGUUCGCAGAUGAGACAUUUGAUGCUAUUCUUGAUAAAGGUGGAUUGGAUGCUUUGAUGGAGCCAGAGCUUGGCCCUAAGCUGGGGACCCAAUAUUUGUCAGAGGUGCAAAGAGUUUUGAAAUCUGGGGGCAAGUUUAUUUGCCUUACACUGGCAGAAUCUCAUGUUUUAGGUUUGCUAUUCUCUAAGUUUCGGUUUGGGUGGAAAAUGAGUGUUCACGCUAUCCCACAGAAACCAUCUAGCAAGCCUAGGCUUUGUACCUUUAUGGUGGUUGCUGAGAAAGAUAUUUCUACUGAUUUGCUCCAGAUAACAUCAUCAUUUGAUCAUCGUUCUCUAGAUUGCAGCGGCAACCAGGCUGCUGGUCUGCAUGAAGCUGUUGAAAAUGAGAAUCGGAUUCGUAGAGAAUAUUCCAGUGGUUCUGACAUAUUGUACUCUCUUGAAGAUCUGCAAUUAGGAGCUAAAGGGGACUUAACAAAGCUUAGCCGUGGCCGUCGGUUUCAGCUUACUUUGGGUGGGCAAGGAUGUUCUCGUUUCACUUACAGAGCUGUACUUCUAGAUGCCAAGGACAAUUCCGUCCCAUUCUCAUAUCAUUGUGGUGUUUUCAUUGUGCCUAAGACUCGAGCUCAUGAGUGGCUGUUCUCUUCAGAAGAAGGACAAUGGCUGGUCAUUGAAAGCUCAAAGGCAGCUCGUCUCAUUAUGGUUAUACUUGACAGCAGCCACGCAAAUGCUAGCAUGGAUGAUAUUCAGAAGGAUUUAUCUCUGCUGGUUAAACAGUUGGCACCUGGAAAAGAUGACAAUGGAUCACAAAUACCUUUCAUGAUGGCAAGUGAUGGAAUCAAACAGCGACAUAUUCUGCAAAAGGUUACAUCUUCAUUAACUGGCCCAAUAAUUGUCGAAGACGUGGUUUAUGAAAAUGUUGAUGGUGAUGUCAGUCGCCUUUUUCCAUCUAAAGAUUUGAUAUUCCGCCGUCUUGUCUUUCAACGAACAGAGGGUUUGGUGCAGUCUGAAGCUCUUCUUACAAGUGAUGAAUCUUCCCAUAAAGUUGUUGAAAUAGAAAGGAAAAAAACUUCAUCUUCCAAAUCCAAGAAAAGAGGGAACCAGAAGCGAAAUGAUGAACCAAGCAACCGACUGAAGGUUUAUCAUGACUAUUUAGCCAGUUCUUAUCAUACGGGGAUCAUUUCUGGCUUUAUGUUGAUCUCUUCAUAUUUGGAAAGUGUGUUAUCUGCUGGGAAUACAGUUAACACAGUUGUAGUAGGUCUUGGGGCUGGUUUACUUCCUAUGUUUCUUCAUGGAUGUAUGCCAUUUUUGCACAUUGAGGUGGUGGAGUUAGAUCCUGUGAUACUUAAUCUUGCAAGGGACUACUUUGGUUUUGCUGAAGAUAAAUUUUUGAAGGUGCAUAUUGCUGAUGGAAUUGAGUUUGUUAGAGAGGUCAAUAAUUUUGCACGAAGUGAUAGAGUGCCUGUCCUACACAGAAAUGAGGAUGCUUCAGGCAAUUCAAAGUCAUCUUCAGAUGGAAGUUGCGUUAUGUCUUAUGCAGAGGGCAGUAUUAAUCCUGGGCUUGAUGUACUUAUUAUUGAUGUUGAUUCUUCAGAUUCAAGCUCUGGAAUGACCUGCCCAGCUGCAGAUUUUGUGGAAGAGUCCUUCCUCCUGACUGUUAAAGAUUCUCUUUCUGAGCAAGGUCUCUUUGUGGUUAAUUUGGUCUCAAGGUCCUCAUCUAUUAAAGAUAUGGUUAUUGAAAGGAUGAAAAUGCAUCGCUCUGCUGUGCCCAAGUUUGGCAACUGGGAAAGUGAAGAGAAUGUCCCAUACACGGUCUAUUUUGAGAAGGCGAGGAAGGAAAGAACUGAAGGGAAAAUGAAUCGAAAUUACUCUGAAGAAAACCCUGACAUUUUCAAUACCAAGCCUCCAAUUCAUGCCUCUUCUUUCCAAAUGAAACCAACUGAAGCACAAAAAGUGCCAGAAGCAGUGAGGUCAAAGCAUGAGCAUUUAAGCCAAGAAGAGAUUGAUUUAAGGAGAUCGACUGACUCUUCAUUGCACCAUGAUGAUGUUGGCAAGAGAGAUGGCACAAAAGUAUUAAGGGCAAAUCAUGAGCAUGGGGAACAUGGUCGCGAUCGCCUGAGGAGACCUACAAAUUCUGUAAUGCACCAUGAUACCGGUGCUCAGAGGGUGGCAGCUGACUCAAAUCUUCAUCAUUAUGGUGGUGUAAGCUCUAGUGAUACCCACAGAAGGAUUAUGCGGUGGAGUGCAGCCUCUGAUCUCAGCACUGAACAGUCGCAUUUACACCCACGUAACCAGCCAAAAAUUGGAGGCAAAGGUAAUGCAGUAUCUUCUUUGUCUUGGGAAAGAAAGGGUUCAUCUGAAGGUACUCACGGCCUGGCUCCCAUGACUCCUGGAAGAUCCCGAUUGAGAUCAGUCACCAGAGGCAAUGAUAGCCCUGAUCACAGUGCUGCUGUUCCAAAAUUUGGCGAAUGGGAUGAGACCGACCCUGCAUCAGCUGAUGGGUACACUCAUAUUUUCAACAAAGUACGAGAAGAGAAACAGGGCGGAGCGGCAAAGGUGCCAGACCUACCAACUGAAUCUUCUCAUUCACAUGGACACAAGCAGUAUGGCAAUGAAAAAUCCAAGCAGAGCUGUUACUGCUUUCCCUGGGGAAGAAGAUGAUGUUUUUGUCGAUGUGAUCAAAUAGAGAGUGCACAAGACAAGGCAUACAUGUAUUUAUUUAUAGUUUGAACAGCUGUCCAUGACAAGUUUAGAGAUAGUGCGUGCAUUAUUUUGCUUAUGUUACUUCUAUGAUGAGUAAAGGAUGAUGUUGGAGAGGCAAACAUCUUCCUAGCUUUUUUUUUUUUUUUUCACUUUUUUUAUAUUUCUGCUGUACUAUGUGCACUUUGUGUUAUAUUUCAUCAAUCAAUAAUCCUGCUAGAAAUUGAUUUUGAAACUGUCAAGAGGCCUGAAACAGGAGGCUGAAUAAAUUUGUAUGAGCUGCCGAGGACUUCGUUUUACAUA